ACCAUUCGACGGAGGCCAUGGGGGAGACGGGCCUCUUCGCCGUCGCUCAGUCCUUGGUCAUGAUGAAGGGACUACUUGACCGGUGUCUCAACCGUGAGAGUACCUUGGACCGGGUGCGCGCGAAGGCGCAGCAGACGGAGGAAGAGCUCGGACAACUUCAGAGAUGGAGGUCCAAGAUGGAGAAGAAGCUGGAGCUUUCUGAGCAGGCGAGGAAGGAGCUGGAGGAGAAGACGGCCACUUCGCUGACGGUCAUAGAGAAUAAAGAAGCUGAGAUAAAACAACUCAAAGAAGAGCUCCGUCAGGCUAAAGUGGCAGCCGUCGAGGAGUACCGAUGCUCGGAGUCCUGUUUGGGCGAGCUGUCGGACUCCUUCCUCCAAGGAUUCGAUGAUUCCCUCCGUCAAGUCAAGAAGGCUUAUCCAGAGCUGGACUUGACAAUGGUCAAACUUGAGGACCAAGCCCAGACUUCUGCCCUCCCCUUCCUGUGUCUUAUUGACACUAAGACAAGAAACCGCAGAAGUAGAGAAACGUCCAUCUGGAAAGCUAUAGAAAAUGGAGCUGAAACUUUGUUUGACAUAGUUGCAGAAGUAUACUCUGGAUUUGAUCGUAGCGUAUGGAUUCCUGCUGCAUCAAAUGUGAGGCUUCAUGUGAAGCAUCUGGCUGAGCAAGAUAAGCUACCAAAGAUCCAGGCAUUUUCGAUACAGAAGUUCCAGAAAACUUGUGGGCUGUAUUUCCUUGCCCGAUGGAUUUGGGCAUACCUUAGUAAGGGUCUCCAGUUAAAUUAUCAGAAGCUAUGGACAUCUAAAUUAUUUGUUGCUGGUGCAGCGGCUAGCUUUGCUGUUCUGUACUCAAUAAGUUCAGUGCUAAAUAAGAGCCAUAAGGGCAAAAAAUCUGGAAUUCGGUUUCAGAUAUAA